AUGGAUCCAGGUUUUCAACAAGGUGUUUGGGACUCGGGAGCAAAUUGGGAGAGGGCAGGGAUUGUGGAUGGAACUAUGUCAGAAACAAAAGAUUCAUUUGUGAUUUGUCCUCUUAGCGUGUGGGGUAUCAGGUUUGAACUUUCUUCUUCUUUCUUUCCUGACAACUUCUUUGUCAGUCCCGUGUUAUCUUCUUCUCAAGCCCAGCAACCCGCUCGAUCUAGACUGCGUGCGCGCGGCUUCCAGGUCUGCCAUAUCUGCCCCUUCAAAUCCCCAUCCCAGCGUGCACUGUUCGUGGUACGGCGUUCUGUCAUUGGAUGGGAUCGCGCGAUAUACGGCCGAGUUUUCUCUUGGGUAGGUCGUCUCCUCGCUUUAUAUGUUCCCACUUUAUGUCUUAGUGCCGUUUUGGGCGUUUGCUGCGAGUUCUCUCCUCCUUUGUGUGCUUCUUGUGGAGGCUCUUCCUCUCCUUUCAUCGGUCAAUGGACCUAUGAUGUAUUCUUGAGUUUUAGAGGUGCAGACACUCGCAACAAUUUCACCAGCCAUCUUUACAAUGCUUUGCAUAAGAAAGGUAUCAACACCUUCAUCGAUAACGAGCUUAGAAAGGGAGAUGAAAUUUCACCAACGCUUCUCAAAGCUAUUGAAGAGUCAAGGAUUUCAAUCGUCAUACUCUCUAAAAAUUUUGCAUCAUCUUCAUGGUGUUUAGAUGAGCUGACGAAGAUCCUUGAAUGUAAAAAAGAAAAGGAGCAAAUGGUUCUACCAGUGUUUUACGAUGUGGAUCCAUCAGAGGUACGACAUCAAAAAAAUAAUUACGAAAAAGCCUUAACUGCACUUGAAGAAAGGUUUAAGGAUGACUCGAAGGUGCAAGGAUGGAAGGCAGCUCUAAAAGAAGUGGCCAAUUUGAGUGGGUGGCCUGUUGGGAAAGGGAAUGAGCAUGAAUUUAUUUUGGAAAUAGUUCAAAUGGUCUCAAGGAUCGUGAAUCGAACAUACUUAAAUGUUGCCAAGUAUCCUAUUGGGAUGGAGUCCCGUGUACAGGCUGUCAAUUUGCUCUUAAGUAUUGGGAGCAAUGAUAUUAUACGCACGGUAGGAAUCUUUGGAAGAGGAGGAAUUGGUAAGACAACUAUCGCCAAAGAAAUCUAUAACUCGAUUGCUUAUCAAUUUGAAGGUAGUUGUUUUCUUACAAAUGUUAGAGAAACUCCAAAGCAAGAGCGUGACUUGAUCCAACUACAAGAGAAACUUCUUUCUGAGAUCCUAGGAGACUAUCGAAAUAUGAAUAUUGCCUUGGUUGAUCGAGGAAUUAAUUUGAUAAAGUAUAAGCUUUGCUCUAAAAGGAUCCUUUUAAUCCUCGAUGAUGUCGAUCAGAUGUUCCAAUUAGAAGCAUUAGCUGGAGGAUGUGAUUGGUUUGGUUUAGGAAGUAGAAUUAUCAUUACAACAAGAGAUAAGAGGUUACUAAUUAAUCAUAAAGUUGAUUUUACAUACCAAGUGAAGGAAUUGGAUCACAAUGAAGCUCUUCAGCUAUUUUGUUGGAAUGCCUUCAAAAGAGAUAAACCUAUUGAGGGUUAUGUUGAACUCACAGAACGUGCAAUAAGUUAUGCUGGGGGCCUUCCAUUAGCUUUAAUGGUGCUAGGUUCGGAUCUAUACAAUAGAAGCAUGCAUUAUUGGAAACGUGCAUUGGAUGGAUACAAAAGGAAUCCUAAUAAAGAUAUCCAAGAAAUUCUUAGAAUAAGUUAUGAUGGAUUGGAUGAAAAUGUGAAGGACAUUUUUCUUGAUAUUGCAUGUUUCUUCAGAGGAAAAAAUGCAGAUUAUGUUACUAAAAUAUUGGAUAGUUGCGGUUUCUUCCCAGAUAUUGGUAUUGAAGAGCUUAUAGAUAAGUCUCUUAUAACUAUUAAUGAACAUAACGUUUUGGAGAUGCAUGACUUGCUGCAAGAAAUGGGUAGAGAAGUUGUUCGACAAGAAUCACCCAAAGAACCCGGCAAUCGCAGUCGAUUAUGGUUCCAUGAAGAUGUUCGUCAUGUAUUAGAAGAAAACACGGGAACAAAAAAAGUUGAAGGCAUAUUGAUAGAUUUGCCUGAACGAGAUAUGAUACACUUGAAUCCCAAAGCCUUCAUGGAGAUGAAAAGGCUCAGACUGUUUAUAAACCGUAAUGCAGACUUCACUGGAGGGCCUAACUAUCUUUCUAAUGAGUUGAGACUGCUUGAGUGGCCUGAUUAUCCUUUACAGUCUUUACCAUCCAAUUUUCGUGGAAAGAAUCUUAUUGUUCUAAAAAUGCAUAAUGGUUUCUUCAAGCAACUGUGGGAUAGAUUCAAGAAUUUCCGGAAGUUAACAAGCCUAGAUUUCUCUAAUUGUCAGUUCCUAACAAAAAUCCCUGAUGUUUCAAGUAUCCCUAGUUUAGAGAGCUUGAUUCUAGACAAUUGUACGAGUUUGGUUGAGAUUCAUCCUUCUGUUGGAUCCCUUGAUAAACUUGUUGCGUUGAGACUUUUAGAGUGCUCUAACCUUGGGAGUUUUCCAAAAAGUCUCAAGUUGCCAUCUCUACAAGUUCUUAUGCUUGGAGGUUGCUCGAGUCUUCAAGAUUUUCCUGAAAUUGAGUGUAAAAUGGAACGUCUAGAUUACCUUGACUUGAAGGGCACUCCUAUAAAAGAACUACCUUCAUCCUUUGGGCACCUCAUUGGCCUUAAAGAUUUAGCUCUUGAAGGUUGCAAAAACCUUGUAAAUCUCCCAAGUAGCAUUCAUCAUUUGCAGCAUCUAAGGAGACUUUAUCUCAGAGGUUGUUCAAAACUUGAUAAGUUUCCGAAGAAAGAGGAGGAUGAAAAACAAUUAAUGCCUUUUACCGUUUCGAUAAAGGAAUAUGAAACUUCAUCUUGUGCAGAACCAUCCUUGAUGUUGCCAACUCCAAAAAAUUCAAGCAUUUCUAAGGAUGGUUGUUCUUCCUCCAUGGUAUUUCCAGCACUGGGACAUAUAGAUGUUGGAAAUUGUGUCCUAUCAGGAACAGAUUUCUUUAUGACAAUUAAUUGUUUUUCGACAUUGGAACAGUUAGAUCUAUCAGGGAGUGAUUUUGCUAGCCUUCCCGAAUGCAUCACAAGAUUUGUCCGAUUGAGGAGCCUUAAAUUGGAAGAUUGCAAGUGGCUUCAAGAAAUUCUAGAACUUCCUCCAAAAAUAGAAGAUAUAUAUGCAAGUGGGUGCAUGUCAUUGGCACGAUUUUCAGAAGUAUCAAAGAGAGUUCAAUUUAACACCUGCGAGUUACCAGGGCUUGAAUGGAUUGAUUUGUCCAGAUGCCAUAAAUUGCUUGAGAAUAUAUCAAUGAAUGAAGUGGAAAAUCUUUUUCUGGACCAGGGACAUUUUCAGGACCAUCUAUUUGGUAUUAUAUUUCCAGGAAACAAGAUUCCAGACUAUUUCAACCAUUGUAAAGAGGUUUCAAACAAAAGCGAAUGUGAAAUAUGUAUUAGUGAGCCUUCACAUCUGGAUGGGAAGAUCAAAGGUUUGGCUCUCUGUGCUGUUCUUGGAGUAAAUGAUGGACAGGCGCCCACUCCUAUUGUAUGCAGCAUCGAGAUCAUCAACAAUGGUUCACCAAGUUAUAGUGACUCUAAAGCAUUUAAUAUAUCAGGCUCUGAUCAUGUAUGGUUGCUUUACCACGUUCCAGAAUUUUAUGAGAUAAAGGGGGUCAAUCUGCAAGUUAAGUUUUGGUGCUCCACAAGUUUAGCGUCCUUUAGAUGUGGAGCUCAGCUGGUACGCACGAGAUCAGAUACUGCAUCAUCAGCAUGCAUCUAGAUUUUUUCCAUGAGGAUGUUUGUUUGUGUCCACUUGGAUAUUAUAUCCAAUGAAGAUUGAGAAGUCAUGAACAGUAUAUUUUUAACGUUGAUGGCAACAUGGACUGCAAUUGGUACUCACAACAUAAGAGGUAUUCUUCAAGAUUUGCCAUCAUAAUUUCAGAUGCAGAGUAAGUAGUCUAGACCAAUCAAAUCACCCAACUGACACCAACUGCCAUCAUAUAUAUUUAUAUAAAUAUAUAUAUAUAUACACACACACACACACAUAUUGUCUCUUGAAUCCUUGAUUAUUGAUGAUCUGGUCUUCUUCCUGUUCUGGAAGCGGAAUAUGACAAAUUUUCAAGUCUUUAAUUGGUGGGAUUGACAAAUGGGGUUGGAUAUGGGAAUGCUAGGGAAACAUUCAGCAUUUGACAGUGAACGAUUUUGUGAGACGACUAACUAUUUCAGAUCGAGUAACUAGCUUGAGUUAGAACUUAGAAUAAGCUGACAGAAAAUGUGUCUAAUUGGUCAAAUUUGGUUCCUUUUCUGCAGUUUAGUCUUAUUAGAUACCCACUGAUGUCUUUUGUUAACUUCUUUUUUCCUUUCU